AUGACCAUUGAUGCCAACAUUGAAACAGUAGAAGCACUUGACCCCUCUAGCAAUGAUUCUACUGGGGAGGACGAUACAGUGAUAGCUCAGAGUAAUCACAAUGGCUGGGUCAAUCCUGAAGACUUGACUCCUAUGCCACAGUGCAUCGCUCAACAAGACCAGUCCACCUGGCUGAGUGCCAUGACCAGAUGUACCAGCAAACGAUGCACCUCUCACUUCGGAAUCAUCUGCACACACCACCAAUGGCUGACCCAGCUGACCUGUCUCGGCUUUGAGUUGUCCCCUUCUGUUAUCAAAGGCUACCUCCCAUACUGCAGCCGAUCAGUGCUGGCCAAAGCGCAAUUAUAUCAAUGGGUCCGCAAGGCUACCGGUCGGACCUGGCUUGUCGAUAUCGGCGACACGAACGGGCUGGGAAACCUUUCCCCAGCCUCGUUGGCACAAGGGUAUGCGGCCGUUGACGUGAUUCACAAAGCACCAACAUGCCUGUCAGCCUCGAGUUCUGCUUCAUCCAUGGAAGCAUUUCAGCAUGUGAUAGCCUCGUGUAGUUUCACAGAGACUACUCGACAUACCGGAAACGAGUUCCGGGCCUGGGAAUACAGUGAGCCCCUACGGUCCAUGAUAGCUCUGGACUCUGAGACUGUCGGUUACGACCUCACCCAACAUGGCAUCAGACGUGGCGAUUAUUUUGAUAAAGAAUGCUUCUGCAGCGAGUUCACAGGGAUCUCAGACUGGGAACCUUGUGCAGGGCGAGAGGAGAUAGACUUGACGAAGGAGCGACUAUGGAUGCAUGCCACCUGUGGACUAAAGGCCGUACCCGACAAUUGGAAUGACGGGCUCAAAACCACGGCAUUCGCAUUUAUCCCCGUUGAAGACUGGGUCUGGCCCACGCGUGUCGCGGAUAUGCCAAAGCAAGUGGUCGAGCUUGCUGACCAAUGCGCAACUGACGCUUGUGAGAUUGACUCUGGUGGCUACUGCAGAGUCGUACCCGCCGUUGAUAGGGCUUGCUUUUGUCGUGACAUCAGCUACGAUUCCUGCGGAUGUGCUUGCCAGAUGUUCGAGACCCGAGCAGAUUAUGUACAUUGGCUUCACGGCCUUUGUGGCAAUGUACAAGGCUGGCACGGUCUUCCAGAAGACUGGCAACAACUAGCCGCCCCGACCCCUCUCGACAUGAUUCCAUGGCGUUGGUCUCUCAAGCCAUCCAAAUCCAACGACACAGACCUGGCAUCCAUGUGGUAUUUGACAUCUAGCAAGGGAGGGGAAACAUGUCCAUCAACCGAGUGGAAACUCGGGAGCUUUGCCCUGAUCAAUAUAGCCACAUUCCUUGCGCCAUCCCUCGUUCGGAUGAUGGGCAUGAAUCGACUUACGCAAGGCUCUCUGGGGCUGCCAGACUCACAAAAUUGGGUUUUCGCGGGGAUUUCGAUUGCCGCUCUUCAACUCCUCGCAAACUGGUUUAAUGUUUCGCUCGUCCAUGCAGCCACUGGUUAUGGACACGUUCCAGUCGUUCACUUGAUGCUCCUCUGGUGCACGAUGCCUCGGCUCACACUACUAAGGUCCUUGGUACCUGGGGUGCAACCAUUAGAAGCUGUGAAUCUCUCCGCGGCCGGGUCUUGCCUGCUUGCGGAAAUCAUUCUCCAAGGUUUAUCAUCGUAUUACAUGAUCAUCACCGUCAAUUAUGGUCGAGAACACAGCUUCUACGCCAAAGGUAUGGAGAGACUAGCAGGCUCCACACCGGCACAGUUCAUAUACGCUGGCGCACUCUUGUGGCUGAUCGUCGUGGUCAUCUUGGCAUUUGCUGCCUUGAUGGCCCGUCGGAACGAAUAUUGGCCGCUGAUUGAGGAGAAGGUGGCAUAUCAUUGGAUCGACAAGAGCAGGGCCUUGGAAAAUGCAUCGUUGAUGAAAAGCCAGGCAGCAAAUUACAGGGUAUAUGGCACUCUUCCUGUUGAAGGACGUCAACAUGAUGUGGUUCCCCAGAAGGCAUCCAGGAAGCCACACGCAGUCGCGGUCACAAGCGUGCUCCUUUGCGUUGCGCAGUGGCUCUUUUGGGGCGGAUUCAUUACUCUCAGUCUAGAAGAGUAA